AUGGGUGUCCCCGCUCUCUUCAGAUGGCUCUCGAAGAAGUAUCCUCGCAUCGUCUCGUCGGUGCAGGAGGAGGAUCCAAAAACAGCUCCCGGCCCAGAUGGUACCGAGAUCACACUACCGCUCGACACUUCCACACCAAAUCCCAACGGUGAAGAGUUCGACUGUUUAUAUUUAGAUAUGAACGGCAUCGUACAUCCAUGUACACAUCCGGAGGGCAAACCAGCGCCAGAAACCGAGGAGGAGAUGAUGAUCGAGGUGUUCGCAUACACAGAACGCGUCGUCAACAUGGUCCGUCCGCGUCGUCUCCUCAUGAUGGCUAUCGACGGCGUUGCUCCACGUGCAAAGAUGAAUCAGCAGCGAUCGCGUCGUUUCCGUGCUGCGAAAGAGGCGCGCGAGAAGCACGAGGAGAAGGAAGCCGCCCUCGCAGAGUGGAAGGCCAAAGGUCUGCCCGUCACCGACGAUGCACUCGAAUCCAAAAAGGCCUGGGACUCGAACGCCAUCACCCCGGGCACUCCCUUCAUGGACCUUCUGGCCGCCUCGUUACGCUUCUGGGUGGCGCAAAAGAUCAACACAGAUCCCGGCUGGAAGGACGUCCAGGUCAUCAUCUCGGAUGCCAGCGUUCCCGGUGAGGGAGAACACAAGAUCAUGGAACAUAUCCGUCGUCAGCGAUCCCAUCCUGAACACGACCCCAACACCAAGCACGUCAUCUACGGUCUCGACGCCGAUCUCAUUAUGCUCUCCCUCGCCACCCACGAGCCUUACUUCAAAGUGCUUCGUGAGGACGUCUUUGCCGCUGACAACAAGCCCAAGACUUGCAACCUCUGCGGUCAGCCAGGCCAUUUUGCCGCCAGCUGCACAGGCGCUGCCAAGAAAAAGUCGGGCAAACACGACGAGAUCGCGCCCACGCCUCCCGAAAAGAAGCCAUUCAUCUUCUUGGAUGUGGCCACACUGCGCGAGUACCUCGAAGUCGAGCUCAAUAUUCCGCAGCUUCCCUUCGCCUUUGACCUCGAACGCGCCAUCGACGACUGGGUCUUCCUCAUCUUCUUUGUCGGUAACGAUUUCCUGCCCCACCUGCCCUCGCUCGAGAUCAGGGACGGUGCCAUCGAUACACUCCUCCGCAUCUGGAAAAAGGAGCUCCCGGCCAUGGGUGGCUACCUUACCAACCACGGUCGCGUCGAGCUCGGUCGCGCCCAGCUCAUUCUCAGCGGUCUCGCCUCCGAAGAAGACGAGAUCUUCCGUCGCAGGAAGGAGGACGAGGACAGGCGCGAGAACAACAAGAAACGACGCGAGGAGAUGCAGAAGCGCAGAGAGCGCGAGCUCGACGAAGGCAACUUUGGCAACGGCUCCAUGGUCCCCGUUGUCACCAAGAAGCGUCCGGCUCACGAGACCGAGAAGCCGGCCUUCAACGGCGUGUCGGCCCAAGACGCACGCGAUCAGGCCAACAGCAACAACAAGUCGUACGAUCCACGCAAGAAGACCGUCGUACUGGGAGGCGACAACAACCAGGUAGUCCGCGAUCGAAAUGCUGCGAGGCAAGCCAAUAUGGAUGCUGCCGAAGCGCUUAAGGCUGAACUCAUGGGUGGCACCGCGGCAAAGGAAUCGGAGACCGAAGUUGAGCCCCCUGUCAAGAAAGUCAAGACUGAUUCGGGUGCCGAGGCAGUCAGAACAGAUGAGCAGGAGAACAGCGAACCGAACCCUGUUAGCGUCGAAGCGAAAGCUGAUCAAGGCGACGCUGAUGCGGUGGCGAAGACCGAAGGCGAAAACGGCAAUGGCGAUGCUGACAAAGCUGAUGCUGACGAGGACACUGCAGCCGACGCUGACGAAGAUGUCGACGACGACGAAAAUGACGACCUCGAGGGUAACGAGGACGUUGACCCCGUUACUACCAUCAAGAAGCGUACGGUCAACGCAGACGGCACUGUUGACUACGAAGAUACUGUCAAGAUGUGGGAGCCGGGCUACCGCGAGCGAUACUACAAGGAGAAGUUCGGCGUCGAUCUCUCCGACACCGACUUCCGCCGACAAGUCGUCAAGUCCUACAUCGAGGGUCUCUGCUGGGUAUUGGCCUACUACUACCAAGGUGUGCCUUCGUGGCAAUGGUACUACCCUUUCCAUUUCUCGCCGUUUGCCGCCGACUUUGAGGACCUUGAGUCGCUCGACAUCAAGUUUGAGCUCGGUGCGCCUUUCAGGCCGUUCGAGCAGCUCAUGGGAGUCCUCCCCGCCGACUCGCGUGCCUCGAUCCCGUCAGCGUUCCAUCCGCUCAUGACUGAUUCCGACUCGGAAAUUAUCGACUUUUACCCGGGCGAGUUCGAGAUCGAUAUGAACGGCAAAAAGAUGGCAUGGCAAGGUGUCGCCUUACUUCCCUUCAUCGACGAAAAGCGUCUGCUCGAUGCACUCAAGGAAAAAUACCCGCUGCUCAGCGAGGAUGAGGUGCGCCGUAACGGAUUCGGCAACAACACGCUCUUCGUUGGAAGCGAGUCGCGUCUGUACGACUUUUUGUGCGAAGAGAUCUACGCAAAGAAGCCUUCCACCGAGGACGGCAAACCCAAACCCGUCCCCGUCAACCCAGCCCUCAGCGGCGGUGUCACGGGCUACGUCAAACCCGACCCCGUCUGCGUACCCGGAUCGACAUUCAACUCGCCCCUCACCGGCCAGGACCUGCACGACAUUCACAAUGACCGCUCGAUCUCGGUGCUCUACGACUUCCCGGACCAGAAGACGCCACACCGAUCGGUGCUGCUCAAGGGACUCAAGCCACCCAAGCGUGUACUCUCGGCUGCUGAGAUCGACUGGGUCAAGCGAGGAAGCCCUGACAAUCGUGGUCGUGGUCGAGGCCGUGGCGGCCACUUCGGAGGUCCCGGUCGAGACUUCCACCGCAACAACAAUAACAACAGCAACAGUAACAGCAGCCAGCAGCACCCGAACCAGAACAACGGCUACGGUGGUGAGAAUGGGCAUACGAAUCCAAACUUCCGCGGUCACAACGGUGCUGGCGGCUAUGGUGGAUCCUAUAAUGGCGCAUCUGGCGGUGGCGGUGGAGGAUAUGGAGGCCAUGGCGGUGGAUACCAGCAAGAGCACCAGCCAUACGCGCACAAUGUCGGUGGCGCUGGCGGAGGAUACGGCGGCUACGGUGGCUACGGCAGCAGUGGUGGCUACGGCGAUGGUGCAGGAGGAGGAGGAUACGGCGGCUACGGAAGCGGCGGCGGCUACGGUUCCGCACCAGCUGCAGCGUCGGCGUACUCUUCCGGAGGCGGCUACGACCCUUAUGCUGGCUACGGCGGCAGUGGUGGCGGAUAUGGCGGCUACGGCGCACCCUCGUACGCUCCUUCCGGCCCAAGGCGCGACGACAGAUACGCAGCAUACACGCAACCGAGCGCACACGUUGGUGGUGGCCGUGGGGGACGUCAACCCAACGCCAACUACGCUGGAUUGCCGAGUCUAGGCGGCCCCCCUCCGGCUGCCGCCCCUGCUCCAGCUGCCGCGUACGGAGGGUACGGUGCGGCUGCUCCCACUCCUGCCGGCGGUGCUGCCUACGGAGGCUACGGCGGAGGUGGAUACGGCGCGUACGGUGCCGCACCUCCUGCUCGGGGCUAUGGCGGUGCUCCCCCUGCUCCUCACCGCGGAGGUGGCAGAGGCGGUGGCAGAGGUGGUGGUCGCGGCGGUCGCGGCGGCGGUGGCAACAGCAGUGCUUCCUACGGCGGCCACGGUGGCGCGUACGGCUCGUUUUACUGA